AUUAGGUUCAAUGAUGUAGCCAUUAGCUCUUUCCCAGAAAGUCAAUCACAUGGAUAUGCAAUUUCCUUGUACAGUCUUUGUUUUGUGUGAAAGAGAGAGAAAUGUAGAGUUCUUUUCUAUGUUGAUCAAAGCCAUGUGAGGAGGUCUUCCCAACAACAGUCUUGAAUACCCCACAUUCAUUAGAAAUUCAGCAAGAACAGAUCAGCAAUCACAAAAAAACAGCUCUUUUUUUAGGGGGAAAAAGUCUAUAUAUACGAACUUCAAAUGAGCCUUCAAACACUCGAAACAUAUUCAUAAACCAAAGAAAUUUUUUUAGAGGGCGCUCGCUUGCUUGCCUCUUCUUUAGACGUGUUCUCGAGUCGACGAAGAAUUUAGCAAUGGGGAUUCGUUUGCCAUCGUCUUUGAUUCAUCAUGCCAAGCAAAUUCUAAAGAUGAAAAACCAGUCAAAUGUACCAAGAGGUCAUAUUGCUGUUUAUGUAGGCGAGAUCGAUAUUCAAAGGAAACGUUUCGUGGUUCCGAUAUCUUUCCUAAACCAUCCUUCAUUCAAACAACUUCUCAGCCAUGCUGAGGAAGAGUUUGGAUUCCAUCAUCCCCAAGGAGGUUUAACUAUUCCUUGCAAAGAAGAUGCCUUUGUAGAUCUUACUUCUAGAUUUCAACAGUCAUAAAAGGAAGGACAACAAAGGCUAUCCAACAAUUUUUUUACAACAUUUUUUUUCACCAUUUGUUGGUGUUCUGAUUCAUUCAAAUGUUGUAUGAAAGGAAAGUUAUACUAUGUUGCUUCAUGUUUAGUGGCAUUUCCUUGGUGAAUUUCCCACCAAGUCAUGAUACAAACAAAGCAAUUCUCCAUCAGUUGUUUUAUUCUCUUGUUUGGUUUUUAAUAGUCUACUAGUGAGUGCACUUCGUUAGAUGAUAUAAUAUUAGAUUUACAUUCACCUAUUAGUUUAAGUUUUUGGAUCAAUCGGUGAUUUAACGUGGUAUCAGAGCGAAUAGUCCAAGAGGCUAUGUUUUCAAACCCUGCAAUGUUAUUUCCUCCUACUAAUAUUGAUUUCUAUUUGUUGGGUCUUCCAUAUAUCUCAAGUCCACAAGUGAAGGAAAGUGUUAGAUAAUAUAAUAUUUAAUUUACUUUCACCUAUAAGCUUAAGUUUUUGGGUUGAUUGGUGAUCUAAACACUUUUUUGGGACAAAGAAACCAUAUAUUAUCCACAUCAGUAGUUAAAUUGCAAUACUAUGUACAGAAAUUACACGACAAUUAAGUAAACGUAGGAGAGGCUUCCUUUACUCUCUAAUGCUCAUUUUGAAAGUUGUGUUGUAAACAAAGAUCUAAGGAUUUCGUCGAAGAGCAUCAAUAAACUAGGACAAUUUGGUUGAAUUUAUUUUUCAAAAACAUAUAAAUGACUCAUACUUUACACACAUAAUUUAUGUCAAUAUAUAUAUCGUUGUCUUUGUAGCAUGAAAUGAUCCAACAAAAAUUUGAGAGUCGAGAACUUUGAAUCUAAUGUAUAAAAAAUGGACUCUAUCUAUGUGAAGGUACUAUAUAACUCUAAUGGAAAGAACAAGGUUUAAUGCCUCGUUAUGGGUAUCAAUUAAUAGAAUCUUUUGUAAUUAUGAUAUCGGUUUGAUUUUAUUGGAUUAGAGGCCCUUUUUGUAGUUUUUUUGGGCUCCUUUGCUUUGCCUUUGUACUUGUCUCAUUCUUUCUCAAUGAAAGCUUGAUUUCUUACCAAAAUCUUUGAUUGAAAGAAUUUUUCUUUCACUUGGGAUGAUUUCAAUUUUCUCCUCAAUAAUGGAGUAUAAGGAUGAAAUAUUCCAUGGACUUCAAUCAAUUUGAGGUUUAAAACAAGUCCUUUUCCAUUAGAUUAGUGACUAGUUCUAAUGGUAAUGAGAUCAAUGUGAGAGAAGAAAGAAGAUUUUCUUUCUUUUCUAAUUGGUUUGCAUUGGGUGGAGGAUUCAUUUGAGGAUAUUCUUCACAACCAACCUAACUAAAAGUUCUUUCAAGUUGCAUAAAGUUUUUAGAAACAGAAUGGUGAAGAAAGGAAAAGAAGGAAAGAUGGAAGGUGUUAAAUUAUCAAUUGACUAAAAAAUUUAGAUGAUAGGUGAAGGUAAAUUUAAUAUUACAUUAACUACUAUAAUACUCACCUUCACUUGUGGGCAGGGGUGUUCAUGGAUUGGAUUGGUUUGAAAGACUUUUUAGAUCUAACCCAAUUUUUCGGAUUAUAAAUUUCGUCAACCCAAAUAACCCUUAUUGAAAAAUGGACCCAACCCAACCCAAUCAUGAAAUAUUUGAGUUGGGUUGGUUCGGGUUAGUCGGGU